UUAAAAAUAUUGAAUAUGAAACCAACUAAACCCUUAACUGCCCGCGAGCAAGUCCAAGUAGAUAACUUUUUAACCCAAUUUGUCCCUCACUACUCCACUUUUAAUUUCAGUCCCCUAGAAAUAGAAUUAAUUGCUGAUGCCUUAGAAACCGUUCAAAAUAAUUACAAUUUAAAACCCAAAAACUCAACUAUUUACACUCCACCCGAAGCUUGCUAUCCUGUUUAUGGAAUUGACCUUAAAGUUCACAGCCCACUCUAUUCGGUUCAAGAUUUUUUAACUUGGGAUGGAAUAGAUGGCGACCUUUUGAAAGCAAUGAAACCAAUAGUUUAUAAGCCUAAUCCUCAAUUAGUCCUCUGCAACCCUCCUUUUAAUGGCUAUGGCAGCCAAUUAGGCAGUGAAGUCUGA